UUUGUUUAAAUAUAAAUUAUUUAAAUUAUUAUUGAAGUAUUGAGAAUGAUUGAAAAUCGUAUGGAAAGUAUAUUUGAAUAUCUUAUACUAUCCAAUCCAAUCCAUUGUAAGUUCCACGUUGUCGCAUUUGUCAGGUGGACAGUAUGAGUUCGAAAGAAAGUAAUAUUUCAGCGUUGUACGCGGAAUUAAAGAAAUUAGGACAAAAUGGGGAUUAUGAAAGAGCAUUAAAAACAGCUAAUAGAAUUUUAGGUAUUUCUCAAGAUGAGAAAGCUGCGUUCCACUGUAGAGUCAUCUGUUAUAUCCAGUUAUCAAAGUUUAAUGAAGGAUUGCAGUUAAUAACAAAAAAUCAAAAUUUGGCAAUAAAUCUUGACUUUGAGAAAGCUUAUUGUCUGUAUCGUUUAAAUCAGGUAGCUGAGGCAUUAAAGGUUGUCGAAGGCAUACAAAAUCCUUCGUUAAAAGUAAAAGAGUUGAAAGCACAAAUAUUGUAUCGAUUGGAAAAAUAUAAGGAAUGUUUCGCCAUUUACAGAGACAUUAUUAAAAAUUCUGAUGAUGAUUACGAAGAAGAGAGAGAAACUAAUUUGGCUGCAGUUCUUGUUAAUCUUACAAAUGAAGAUUCAUCUACAGAACUUCUAUCAUCACAAAAGGAUACUUAUGAGUUGACAUACAACGCGGCUUGUCAAUUGAUUGCUUUAGGAAGUACGAAUGAUAAAAGUAUGUUAGUGGAAGCUGAGAAAAAAUUGAAAACUGCUGAGAAAAUGUGUAAAGAAGGUUUAGAAGAGGAUGGAACUGGGGAAGAAGAAAUAGAAAACGAACUUGGUAUUAUCAGAGUACAACUCGGUUGCUGUUUGCAACUUCAAGGACGUGAGAAAGAAGCACAAGCUUUAUACACGGCUGCUUUGAAAUCUAAGCCCGAUGACAUAGCACUUGUCGCAGUGGCGAGUAAUAAUCUUGUUUGUUUGAAUAAAGAUCAAAAUGUUUUUGAUAGUAAGAAGAGAAUGAAGAGUGCAACACAUGAAAGUUUGGAACAUAAGUUGACUUCGAAACAAAGAAGAACUAUUGCAUACAAUCAAUGUUUAUUAGCUUUGUAUACGGAUCAGGGAGAACAAUGUCAACAAUUGUGUAAUAAACUUGCUAAGGAUUAUCCAGCAUUAGCAGCAGAUGCAAUGCUUGUCAAAGCUAUUCAAUUUAGCAAGGAUGGUAAAGCUCUAGAAGCAGCUAAAUUGUUAUUGGAAUACGCGACUGCUGAAAAGGAAUUGCAAAUGAAAUUAGUGGCUGUACAACUUCUUUUAAGUCAUUGCGAAAGAAAUGAGGCGAUUAAUAUACUCGAAAAUUUGUCGGAAUCUGACAAAUCGUUGCCUGGUAUAGUUAGUGCACUUGUUACACUUCAUAUGGCAGACAAUAAUAGGGAUAGAGCAUCGGCUGUAUUGAAAAAUGCAGUAAAUUAUUACAAAAAACAUAAGGAUACUACAACGAAUUUAGGUGAUUUAUGGCGACAAGCUGCCGACUUUUACCUACGUGGUGGAGAAAUUCAAGUUGCUGCUGACAUAUUACAAGAAUUAGUAGAUGCCUCUCCAUCAGAUACGAAAACUUUGGCACAAUUAGUAGUAGCUUAUGUACAAUUUUGUCCAACUAAAGCUAAUCUUUUGUACAAAAGGUUACCACCUUUGCACGAUCUUGCUGAGACUAUAGAUGUCGAUGCUUUAGAAAGUAGCAAUUGGAUUAUUGGUACAAAAGUUGUACGAAAGAAAAUAGAACCUUCGCCAGGUAAACCAGUAGUAGAUCAGACAUUGAAGAAACGUAAGAUUCGUAAACGUAAAGGAAAAUUACCUAAGAAUUAUGAUCCUAAUGUUCCUCCCGAUCCUGAAAGAUGGUUACCAAGGCAUGAGCGUAGUGGUUUUAGAAAAAAACGAGAUAGAAGAAAUCGAGAUGUUACGAUGAAGGGUACACAAGGUGCAGCAACUGGUGCAAGUGAUCUAUAUGAUAUUACAAAAAUGCCGACCAAUGCGAAACCUUCACCGAAUCCUCGUCACAAUACUGCCGUGGAAGUUUCUGGACCACGUCAACAACAACGUAAGGUUCAGCAAAAGAAAAAGAAGAAAGGUGGUAAAUGGUAAAUAAAAUACCAAAAGUUCAACUAUUUUACAUAAAAAAUGC